CCCAACUCCAUACCGCGAACCAUGUCCGAACGAGCGCGGAGCCACGCCCGUGCUGCAAGCGGUGAUGACCGACGGCGAGUCGCAGUCCCCCGGCGAUCAACAAGAGAGCCCCUCGGUGCCGCCGUAGACGAUCCACUGAGCCCGCCUCUGGCGCCGGCAAUAGCUACUACUCCUUCUUCCCCACCCUCAGAACGAACCUCAACAUCCACUCCAUCGCGAGCCCUCUCUCCAACAGAACGUGAGCGCCAACACCAACAUGUCUCUUCCAUGUCAGACCGCGACUUCUCCUUCCUCCGCGACCCCUCCGCCUACCACGUCCUCCCCACCACCUCGCUCCUCCCACCCUUCCUAAACCCCGCCUACUCUCCUCCCAUCACCACUCCCAUACCCUCCCUGCUCUCAACCGGCCACUUUCGCCUGGCCGCCAUCUCCGCCGCCCGUGCAAUCGUGCAAUCCCCUCCUUCCACCGAUCCAGCGACCUUGCUGAACUUGUUGCACAUCCGUCUCGCCUGCUUGUGCCUAAUCAACGAGCACGCCCUCGCAGCCCACGAAUCCAAGAUCCUCGGUGACCUGAACCAUGCCACUUUCUGGAGACAUGAGAGCACAGGCGCCCAUCUCGUACCCUGGGACCUGCGCGUGCUCGUCGUCCGCCUCGCUGCCCUGGGCUACGGAGAAUGGCGAAAGGGCAUCAUGGGCUACUACGAACUGGCCCACGAGUGUCGGAGCAACAUCUCCAAAUCCGAAUUCGAGCAGGACAAGAGGUUAUGGCGGACGAGGCUGAGGGAUUGCGGCGUCCGCGUCGCAAACGUGUUGGUCGAGAUGGGGGACCUCGAGGGUGCGGGACAGCAUCUAGCGAGCCUGCUGUCUCCCUCCCAAGCCGUCGGAGAAGUCGAGCGCGAGCAUGACGAGCAUGACGAGCGAGCCGAAGAAGCCAAGCAGAUGCUGUACAUGGAGACGCUCCUCUGGCUGCGCAUCGGCGACGUGGGCGCCGCAAAGCGCUGUCUAUCCGCUCUAUCGCACCUCCUCUCCUCCACCUCUUCCAAACCCCUCACCACCGACGACGCAACGAACGGCGACGCCCUCCUCGAAGCCACCGUCUCUGCCCUCCUCACCCUCUGCACCUCCCCCCCAGCUUCCGCCCUCCCAGCUUUCCAGUCCCUGCACGACCGCUUCCCGACAAACCCCAUGAUUACCCAGAACCUAGCCAUCUGCCACCUCUACAGCGGCCAUGUAUCCGAAGCCCGGGCGCUGCUGGAGCACUUGGUCAUCGACGCCGGAACCGUGUUCCGCAGCGCCAUCUUCAACCUGUGUACCGUCUACGAGCUGUGUACCGAGCAGGCGAAGGUGAAGAAGGAGGCACUUGUGGGCAAGGUGGCGGCGAGGAGGGAUGAGGCGGGCACUGGGUGGGAGGUCCAGAGGGAGGGGUUUAAGCUCUAGACUUUGAAAGAGUGGUAUAGCUUUGAGGAAGCGGUCAAGGGGACAGAGGAGAGCGUGGAGCAGGCGUUUUCGUGGCGUUUCUGAACUUAGAAUCGAUGAAUAACAUAAGAGCAGACUAACUUAAGUGCUUGUCAUUAUGUAUCCAUCGCAUAUAAUAUACCCCUGUCACAUCGGUUUACCAAACCUACGUAGCCA